UUUUGUUUCUCCUGAACUCAUUAACGCCAUCAAUUGAAGACUUUGCAAUGAAGAUUGUUUGUUUGCAGUUAGAACCAGUCUUGGGCAAGGUUCAGAGAAACAUUGACCAUGCGACCAAAAUGAUUGAGCAUCUGAAACCAGAAGACGUGGAUGUGCUUGUUCUUCCAGAAAUGGCAUUCACAGGAUAUGUCUUUACAAGCAAGGAUCAUAUUCGGCCCUUCCUUGAGGAUGCUGAGAACGGUCCUAGUGUAUUAUGGGCAAAAUCUCAAGCACAGCGCCUGAAUGCCCAUGUGCAAGUAGGCUACCCCGAAAAAAGAACCGUUACUAAGGAUGGUCAAGCUAUUGAAGAGUACUACAACUCCAUUUGCUUUAUCUCGCCUGCUGGUGCACUCCUUACGACAUAUGCAAAACAUUUUUUAUAUUACACUGACGAAAAUUGGGCUGAAGAGGGUCCUGGGUUCAUGUCGAUGCAUGUAGAUGGAAUGGGCCAGGUAGGCUUCGGUAUCUGUAUGGACGUGAAUCCAUAUCGAUUCAAGGCGGAUUUUUCAGACUACGAGUUUGCAACGUUUCAUUGUGAUAAGAGCUCUCAGUUAAUACUUUGCUCCAUGGCUUGGAACUCUGGCGAGGAGGCGCCUAAAAAGGAGAAGAAGACCCCACCAUCGCGAAAGCCCGAUGGGGACUGGGAGGUUGAAGGUGAUGAUAAAGAGGAAUGGGAAGAUAUAGAGGAAGAGGAAGAGGAAGAGGAAGGAGAAGAAGAAAAGGCAGAAAUGCUAAAAUAUCAUACCAUCAAAUACUGGGCGGUGAGAAUGGAGCCGUUUUAUGAGAAGUCAUUAGCAAAUAUGCCCAAUAAUGAGGCAUAUGUCGUGAUUGCAAACAGGAUCGGAAUAGAGUCUGGUAAUAUGUUUGUGGGAAGUUCUUGUGUUCUUAAGCUAAAGGCAUCAGGACCUGAAUUGAUGGGAGCACUUCCAGCCAACAAAGAGGGUCUACUUCAAGUCGACAUCUGAUCUUUUCCCCUUGUAUCCCCAAGCUCAACCCCAGAUCGUUCGUUAAUAGGAUAUAUAGACCUCUAUACUAUGUAACCAUGUCUUAUCGAGACUAGCCCUCGCUUGAUAUAAAAAAUAUAUUAUAUACACAACAUGACCC